AUGUCUCGAUUCGUGUCGGGUGGCACUAAUGACGAGGCUAUCGAGCGUGAUGAAGCAUGGCUAAAAGCGCAACAGGCCAUCGAAGCUGCGCAUCGCGAAAAGGCCGAACUGGGCAAGCAAGAAGACGGCAAAAGUCUCUAUGAAACACUUCAGGCAAACAAAGCCGCCAAACAGGAGCAAUUUGAGGAAGCUCUGCGACUGCGCAACCAGUUUCGCUCUCUUGAUGAGGACGAGGUAGCCUUCCUGGACAAUGUGUUUGAAUCGACCCGUGCGAAAGAGGCAGAGGUCAGGAAAGAGACGACUGAGCAGCUUCAGGCAUUCCGCAAGCAACAGGAAGAGGCGGAAAAGUUCUCUCGGCAGGCCCUCGCGCCGACGAACCCGGACACGGUCGAGACAAGUUGGUCCACCGGCGCACGUAAGCGCAAGAAAGGCCGCUCUGAAGUGCUAGGAGGUGUGAAGCUCCGGAAGACUUCAUCCACGGAUAUCCCAAUACCAUCGAACGCGACGGAGGCUGAGUCGCAAAAGGAGGGUGCUCCUGGUACACCGGACCUUGUGCGACCUCUUGCAGGCAUCGAUGAACGCACAGUAGGUCCGGAUGACGGAAAGGCCGUCUCAGUGGAAGAAGGUGCAGAAAAGACACAGAAAUCAGUUGAUGUCCAGCCCACUGCGCCAACGCUACUUGGCCUUGGAGCCUAUUCGUCCGACGAGGAUGAUGACUAG